AUGACGACAGACGAGGCGGAGAGUCAGCAGAAGAAGCCGUGCGAGCAGGAGGAGUUGACUCAGGACCCCGGGCCCUCUGAACCCCAGGACGGCCCCGCCGCCUCCUCCCCACCUCCCGAAGAGGAACAGCAGCUGAAACCCCGCACCCGCACCUCCGCCGGCCGCGGCCUCUCCCGCCUCUUCUCCUCCUUCCUGAAGCGCCGCUCUCAGUGUUCGGAGGGAGAGGGAGCAGACGGCGAAAAGGCCCAGGAGAAGGAGGGCCAGGACGAGCCCAAGGCCCCCAUCGCCGACCCCGAACCCGAGCUUCGGAUCGAGGGCGACGUGGCCCUGGAUCAGCACUCCGUCAGCAGCACGGAGGCCCAGCAAGUUCCAGUGGAUCAAAAGGAGGACUCAGAGGAGGAGGGAGGAGGAGGGAAGGGGGAGAAGAAGGAGAAGGCCAAACGGACGAGUAAAGUGAAGGAGAAAGAUAAGGAAAAAUCAAAGGAGAAAGUGAAAGAAAAAGACAAGGAGAAACAUAAAGAAAAACACAAGGAGAAACAGAAGGAAAAACACAAGGAGAAAGAAAAGGAGAAAGAGAAAGAAAAAGAGAAAGAGAAGGAAAAGGAGAAAGAUAAGGAGAAGGAAAAAGAGAAAGAGAAAGAGAAAGAGGGAGAAGAGCCGAAGCCAGAGGGAGAAGGAGCAGCUGAAGGAGGAGAAGAAAAGGGAGAAGGGGAGAAAGAGAAAGAGGAGCAGACAGCAGAAGAGGAGGCCAAACCGGCAAAAGCUCCCCGUCGACCAAGAAUCAUGCACUGCAAAGUCACCCUGUUGGACGACACUCUGUUCGAGUGUGAGCUGGAUAAACACGCCAAAGGUCAGGAACUGUUCGCCAAGGUCUGCGAUCACCUCAAUCUGUUGGAGAAAGACUACUACGGCCUGGCCAUCUGGGAGACGCCCACCCUCAAGACGUGGCUAGACUUUACCAAGGAGAUUCGGAGGCAAGUGCAAGGCACCACCUAUGAUUUCACCUUCAACGUGAAGUUCUACCCGCCUGAUCCAGCUCAACUCUCUGAGGACAUUACAAGGUAUUACCUUUGUCUGCAGCUGCGUAAAGACAUCCUGAGUGGUCGUCUGCCCUGCUCGUUCGUCACCCUGGCCCUGCUGGGCUCUUACACCCUGCAGUCUGAACUGGGAGAGUACGACCCCGAGGUUCACGGCACAGACUACGUCAAGGACGUGAAACUGGCCCCUGGCCAAACCAAGGAGCUGGAGGACAAAGUCAUGGAGCUUCAUCGCACUUACAGGUCCAUGAGUCCAGCCCAGGCCGAUAUGAUGUUUCUGGAGAAUGCUAAGAAAUUAGCCAUGUAUGGGGUGGACCUACAUCAGGCUAAGGACUUGGACGGAGUGGACAUAAUGCUUGGGGUAUGCUCCAGUGGGCUGAUGGUGUAUAAAGACAAACUGAGAAUCAAUCGCUUUCCUUGGCCCAAAGUGCUGAAAGUCUCCUACAAACGCAGCAGCUUCUUCAUCAAGAUUCGACCCUCUGAGCUGGAACAGUAUGAAAGCGCGAUCGGAUUCAAGCUGCCCAACUACAAAGCCGCCAAGAAGCUUUGGAAAGUCUGUGUGGAGCAUCAUACUUUCUUCAGGCUAACCUCCACUGAAGCCGCCACCACUCCCAGGAAGUUCUUGGCUCUGGGGUCGAAGUUCCGCUACAGCGGGCGCACUCAGGCCCAGACCCGCCAGGCCAGCUCCAUGAUCGACCGACCCGCGCCUCACUUCCAGCGGUCGGCCAGCAAGAGGGCGUCGCGCAGCUUGGACGGAGCGAUGGUGUCCACCCCAGACAAGGCGGCCCGUCCUGUCAGCGCGCCUAUCAUGUCCCCUGUCUCCCCGGGCGACGCUGCCCCCUCCCCCUCUACCGCCGUGGUGGCCCGUAGCGAGCGCAAAGAGGCGUCCACCCCGACCGGCCGCCCGUCUCGCUCCGCCGAGAGGAAGGCGGAGGUAAAGGUGGAGAGUCGCGUGGCCGAGGCCUCCAAAACACCCAGCGCCAAAACAGAGGCUACACUCGAAAUCAAGAAGGUUGCCCGGCGAGAACGGAGGCAUCACGCCCCGGAGGUGACGGCAACCAACGGAGAGAGAAAGAGCCAGUCGCCACGGGCCGACACGGAGAUGGUGCGAAUGAGGAAGAAAAGAGCUAAGAAAAUUGAGGGUGAAACUAUAUAUAUCAGGCAUAGCAAUUUAAUGUUGGAGGAUGUGGAUAAGACUCAGACGGAGAUUAUGCGUCAUCACACCAGCAUCAGUGAGCUGAAGCGGAGCUUUAUGGAGUCUGUCCCAGAGCCCCGGCCCAGCGAGUGGGACAAACGCCUGUCGACCCACUCCCCCUUCCGCACGGCCAGCAUUAACGGACAGCUGCAGCCCAGCUCAGAGGGGUCUCCUGUGGUGAAAACGAAGACAAUUACCAUCUCUGAUGUCACAAACUCUCUGCGUGGGGAGGUUGCCACCAAGGAAGUCCCCAUUGUGCAUACUGAGACCAAGACCAUUACCUAUGAGUCUGCACAGUCUGAUAACCUGGCAGAGAAAGAUUCCGGAAUGCUCCUGACUGCCCAGACCAUCACCUCGGAAACCAUCAGCACCACCACCACCACUCAGAUCACCAAGACGGUAAAAGGAGGGAUCUCGGAGACUCGUAUCGAGAAAAGGAUUGUCAUCACCGGAGACACAGAGAUCGACCACGAUAAGGCUCUCGCCCAAGCCAUAAAGGAAGCGAAGGAGCAGCACCCAGACAUGUCUGUCACUAAAGUGGUGGUGCACCAGGAAACGGAGAUCACCCCAGAGUAAGGGCC